UAAUUUUAAAAGUAUGGAGUUAAUAUGGAAAUGAAUGAGAAAAUAAGGGGUCUGUUUUGCAUUUUCUUGAUUCUAGCGAGAGCUUCAUCGGACGACGUAGUUACACUUCUCCGUCUUCACCUUCGUCUUCAUCAUCAUCACAGCAUUUUGAGCUUAGAGAGAAAAUGAGGUUUUACUCAGCUCCAGACCAAAUUCAGCCAGGAACCUGAACCCAUUGACUGAGAGUUGUAUAGAAAAAAUAUUGGGUCUGGCAUAGUGGACAUGUACAAGGAAGCUUAUGACAUUGGUGGAACUGAAAGAAGCAGAGCAGAAAUCCCUAAAGGAAUCUGAGCGGCUUGAGAAAGAAAUCGUUGAUGUCCAAGAGAUUAGCAAAAAGCUAAGCACAAUGACGGCGGACGAGUACUUUGAGAAGCAUCCAGAACUGAGAAUGAAGUUUGAUGAUGAAAUCGUCAACGAUAACUGGGGAUACUGACCAUACCAUUACUUGCAAACACACACUUUGCUCUUAAGCUGUGCAAGAAGAUCCUUCUUCACUGCUCUUUUGUUUGAUGCUACUUUGGCCUCGUUUAUUUUCUCUUUCGAAUACGAACAACCGCUUCACAAUAAAAGCUCUUACAACUUUGAAG